ACAUAAUACUUCCAUGUGACCUACUUUCAUCUGGCAAGCUGUCAGUGUCAACAGACACGAGUGUCAAGUCACAGGCUCACCUGAGAGAAAACAGAUAAAACAACGUAAAUCAAUAAAAGAUGAAGUAAGACACAGAUGAGAUACUUGAAGAAAAUCUGAACAUGAUAGAUCAACAGCAGUCACACCAUGAAGUGGUGAAAUGUGUGGUCGUUGGAGACACAGGAACGGGGAAGACACGCUUGAUCUGUGCUCGUGCAUGCGGGACAAGUUACUCCUUACCGCACCUGAUGCACACACAUGUGCCCACGGUUUGGGCUAUUGAUCACUACAGGCACGAUUUGGAGGUCCUGGAGCGUUCCUACUGCAGUGUGGACAAGGUGGAUGUGUCACUAAGACUUUGGGACACAUUUGGUUAUCAUGGAAAGGACAGAAGAUUUGCAUAUGGAAGAGCUGAUGUGGUUCUUCUGUGCUUCUCAGUUGUACGACCAAAAACCUAUUACAAUCUGGUCAGUGUGUGGUAUCCAGAAAUACAGGAGUUUUGCCCCGAUACCCCUAUUGUGCUGGUAGGCUGUCAGGUGGACCUCAGACAUCUGUACAUGGACAAAGACUUCAUUAAGAUGGACAAAGGGCCUUUUUUCAAGCCAAUUCUAGAAGAAGACAUACUGACUCCAAAAGAUGGACGCAAAGUAGCAAAGAAAAUUGGUGCUUAUUACUAUGAAAGUAGUGUUUAUAGUAGAUAUGGAGUUGAAGAAGUCUUCACGAAUGCUGUCAGAGCUGCACUUUACCACAAACGCCAGAAGAAAUUCUGGAAGACUCAGUUGAGAGGAAUAAAACCACCUUUAUGCCAGGAACCAUAUUUGCCUCCAAUGCCCAAACCACCGCCAGUACAAGUGCCCGAGAUGCUGAUGUCUUUUGAUCUGUCUGGUUUGCUCUCUAGCAAGGCAUUCAGUGAUAUUACUCUACAGACUGGUGAUGUCUGUAUUCAGGCUCAUAGAGUUUGCUUGGUGACUGCAUCACAUGUAUUUUGUGAUCUCCUUAUUCAUAACAUUGGACAACGGGUGGAAAACCAAUGCGAAACCCCCACCAAUGGUGCCACUACAUGUUGCACUUCUGCUAGGACUGUUGAUGCUUCAGAAAGACUGCUUCCUCUCACUGAUAGUGACAACAGCUCAAUGGAAGUGGAAACAAGCCAGGAUGAGACAAGUACCAUUGCUUUAAAUCACCCUGCGUUUUUAUCUAUUCAGCGGAGAAGUUCGGAGGGAGAAAUCUUACUUAUUCUCAAUAGUGAUAUAACUCCAGCUGCUCUACAGUAUGUGCUCCACUACCUGUACACUGGGAGAGCCUUGGAGAACCACACUGUGCUUGCUGAGGCCAAAUGUGCAGCUCAACUACUGCAAUUGACUGAUCUUGUCACCAUGAUCACAAACAUUGAGAAUAGGGAUCAGAUUUUGAACAAAGAGUUUGAAGAAGCUUUCUUCAAACAGAGGUGCUUUCAACUAAAAAAGUUGGUUCUGGAUACAGGGCUCUUUGCAGAUGUCCAUUUCCAAGUAGAUGAUGGAUUAGUUCCAGCCCACAAGGCCUUACUUGUCAGUAGCUGUGACCCCAUGCUUGCCAUGUUCAGUGACAAUUUCAAGGAGAGUGCUGCAAAAGUGGUUUGUUUCCCUGGUAUGACAGGGGACACAUUCAAAACCCUCCAACACUACUUGUACACUGGUCAGAUGCCUGACAGCCUGUACAAUGUGGACCCCAUUGACCUUAUUGCUGUGGCAAACCGUCUUUGUCUUCCUAACUUGGUGUCCCACGUGGAGCUAGAGGUGAUCAAAGAGUUCACAGCCAGUGCUGAGGUGGGGGAGGACAUUAACAGGGAUGUUAUGAACCUUCUUGUCAUGGCUGAGCUCCACAAUGCCCACCAACUUACAGAGUGGUGCCUCUACUGGCUCACAGUGCAAUAUUCCACAGUGUUCAGAAAGCACCAAAGGCAAUUCAAGACUUUGCCCACAGAGAUGCAGACUUACUUAACAAAGCACAGGUGGCCACCACUUUGGUACCUUCGUGAAAAAUUUUCUCAUGAAAAGGCACUAAAAGAAGAAGAUAAAGGCCUAGGGAAGAACAAGAUGCCGUAUCAUUUGAAGAACACUCAGAGAAGCAGCUCAGAAUCUGGAUGUCUUUGUUUUGCUCUAAGAGGUCACCAUCGCAGAGAGCUGCAAGACAGAUCAACUUUUCCACAAGCUUCUUUAGAAGACUGAUCAAUACAAAUGGAGAACUUUUACCAUUUCCAUUACCCUAUGUGGCCCUUGAAAUAGUACUUUUCAAAACCUUUUUUUUUUU